CUCCACAAUCCGACUGGGCAGGUUGGUAACGAACCGGCAAUGGGAAGUCGCACCCAGAAACAGAUGGCUGGGGCCGCAGCAGACACCAAGGAUAUUGAAUCCAUGCUCCAACGGCCGCCCCAAGUUAAAAAGGCGACAGAGACCCACCAUGACACCUCACCAAGCCCUAGAGAGCUGUCCACCCCUACCUCACAGCCCCCAGAACCGGCAACACAGGCCUCACUAGACCUGCCCGGGGGGUGA